UCUGCCUCCCGUUGCUAACGCUCCGAUCCCUCAUCUCAAAUGCCUCGUCUGGAACGGCGAAGAAACACACCCCACAACAAGUUAACAAAACAAUACUGGGUGAAUUGCAACAAUACUAAUAUGUUCUGGAGAAACAAUGAUUGACUAUACGUUUUUGCAUCCAAGCUGUCGCCCUUUUGCGGUUGGGAAGUUCUGAAAAAGCGCAAAAGGACCUGGAACUUUGGAAGACCUCCAGUUGCUUUCCACUCUACUGAUCAAGCCGGUGGUCCGGUCGAGCUUUAAAGUCUAUGCAAUACAUUUUAGACUUCUCUCGACUCAGGGAUUUGUGCGCUCGGGAAAGCUUGACUUCUACAUAAUUGUCCUAGGUUAUGUUUUGUCGUGGUGGGCACCUUCAUGCGAUAAGGAUAUGGUAUUUCUUUAACAUUAUCCUGGUUUUGUUUUUGACAAUGGAAAGCAAAUGAAAGGGGCAGUUCACGGGAUUAAUUGACAGCACAACGACAGUAUGCGGGAGAGAGACCUACGGAGAGUGUGCAAAAGGGGGCUGCUGCUGGCCGUCUGUGUGGUGUCUCUCUGGGGACAGCUGACCCUCGCAUCGUCACACAGAAGUCACAUAGUGCAUGUCAAAGCAGGGACCUGUGAAGUGAUCGCCGCCCACCGCUGCUGCAACAAGAACAAGAUUGAGGAGAGAUCCCAGACGGUCAAAUGUUCCUGCUUCCCCGGACAGGUUGCUGGGACAACAAGAGCGGCUCCAUCUUGUGUGGACGCAUCCAUAGUUGCCCAGAAGUGGUGGUGCCAGAUGCAUCCAUGUAUGGAUGGGGAGGAGUGUAAAGUGUUGCCUGACCUGAAAGGCUGGAGCUGCAGUACAGGAAACAAAGUAAAGACGACGAAGGUGGGUGCAUAAUGUCACACGAUAGUGCUGUCUGUCCUGGAUCUGAAGACUUGGCAUCAGUCAUCUCUUCCUUGACAGAAACCACAGGGACUUCUUGGAUGUGAAGACUGUAUUGAAGGAUUGUGGGAUGGAACCAGGGACCAAUAAGGGGGAAAAAGGAAACACUGAAAUUCCACUGAAUGGAUGCAGAGCAGAGACUUGACUUGGAGAUCCCAUAGAACCACCUAUCCAGACUACUGGACUACUGAUCAGAUCCCAUAGAACCACCUAUCCAGACAAC